AGACCAUGAAUAAAUUGUACUGACCACGUAUGCCGGAAGUGACGCGUACCUCGAUCUCCACAUCAUUCAGAAGAGUUGCAAGAAUACUUACUACCGCUUACACAAUUGUGCUGAGCGGUAAGGUUAUUUGUUCCGUGUUUCUCCAAUUUUCUCCCUCUCUCCUUCUCCUUUUCUGUCUUUGUCUACUCGUUUCUAUCAGUAUCACUUGCGUGCGCGCACGUGUGUAUAUGUAAGUGUAUGGAUACUUUUUGAUUUUUAAAUAAAACAAGAUGCUAAUCUCGCAGGAGGUGAUCUCAAAAGCGGAAGAAAUCGCGGAUCAGGUAAUUCGCAAUGGAAAGCAUAUACUGCCAACUCUUGCAAGACUUUGUCUCAUAGCUACAUUUCUAGAAGAUGGAUUAAGAAUGUGGUUUCAAUGGUCAGAGCAAAAAGAAUUUAUGAACAAUAGUUGGCAUUGUGGUAGCUUCUUAGCUACAGUAUUUGUCUUUGUUAAUUUAAUUGGACAACUUGGUGGGUGUGUCAUGGUUAUCGGAAGAUGGAAAGUCAGCAUUGCUUGUGGAAUCUUGUUUUUCAUAGUCGUUCUUCAGACAUUAGCUUACAAUAUUUUCUGGGAUAUAACAUUUCUAUUUAGAAAUUUGGCAUUAAUAGGAGCACUUCUUUUGGUUUUGGCUGAAUCAAGAAGAGAAGGCAGAUCAUUAUUUGCUGGUGUUCCAAGUUUGGGAGAUAAUAAGCCUAAAAAUCUUUUACAAUUAGCUGGAAGAAUUUUAUUAGCAUUUAUGUUUACUACGCUAAUUCGUUUUGAAAUAUCAUUCCUUCAAGUUUUGCAAGAUAUUCUUGGAAGCAGUUUGAUGAUAUUAGUAACUAUUGGAUAUAAAACCAAACUCAGUGCACUAUUACUUGUCUUACUAUUAUCUGCAUUGAAUCUUUAUCACAAUGCAUGGUGGACCAUUCCAGAGUAUAAAGCACUUCGAGACUUUCUUAAAUAUGAUUUUUUCCAGACAUUAUCAGUGAUUGGUGGCCUUUUAAUGAUAGUUUCUUUAGGACCUGGAGGUGUAUCAAUGGAUGAACAUAAAAAAGAGUGGUAGAUGUUGUUAUCACUUGAAUAUCAUUACAUUGUCAUGAUCAUUAAGUAAAAGCAGUCUCCCAUUCCUGUUCCUUUAUAUGCUCAAUCAAGUUUAUAAUAAGUUCAUUGUUUAUUGGAUAAAGAGCUAUAGCAUCUAUUCACUUGAAAUUAUUUAAUUUGGAUAAAGAAAUUGUUAAAGUAGAAUUUAAAUUUUUUACUCUUUUUUUUAAAUUUAAAUGCGUAAAAUUAUUAAAAAAAUGAAAAACUAUAAAAUAGUAACUAUAAAACAGUUUAGAGAUAAAUAAGAUGAAGACAAUGUACACCAAGACUAAUUUAUAUUAUCAGUAAUGGCAUUGUACAUAUGACACUACAUUUAUCAAGAAAAACAAAAUAUAUUUUUUCUGUGUGUUUUUAA